UGCGAAUCCACGGCGGAGUGCAGACAUGUUUUGCUAGUCCAGUGGACACAAGCGUGACGGUUCUGCAAAGACAGCACGGUAGAGAGAGAGAGAGUGAGAGUGGGAGCGAGAGAGCGAGCUAGUAAACGAAACGGUGCGCGAAGCGGACGAUAGAGCGAGGAAAAGAGAGAGAGAGAAAUAGAGCAGGGUGUACGAAGCGGAAAAGCGAAGGUAGUGCGACGCGAGUGCGCGACGUGUACGGGUACGUGUGUGUGUGUGCGCCGCGAGUGUUUGCUUUCCUCCCCCCAAGCGGGCGGGCGGGCGGGCGGUCUGGCCGGCCGAGGAGUGUGUGGAAAAUUUGCCGAGCGAAGGAGGCGGCGGUAGAGUGCGAGAAGGGGUAGCGCGAAUUAAAAGAAGAGGAGAAAAGUGAGAAAUAAAAAUUAGAAAAAGUAUCGAAGAAAAAGUAAAAUUUCGGUCGAAAAUGGUACCGUACGACGGAGACGCCACGGUGGCGCAGGUGUCGGUGGUGGUGGAAAAGGUGGCUAUGACGACGACGACGGCGGUGUCGGCGACGCCGGUUGCGGUACCGGUGCGACGGUGGUGAAAGAAAAAGGGUUUGCCCAGAAGAGAUCGGAUCGAAAACGAAGUGGAAGUGGUUGACGCAGAAGGGGGUUGCGGAAGUGAAGGAAGCAAACCAGGGCUCGCGAAAAGUGUGUGCGCGCGCGCUUUUAUGUGUGUGUGUGUGUGUGCGUGUGUGUAUAUUUGUGUGGCUAAUGAAAAAUUAAAGAUGGCUCGCCAAAAUUGUUCGCCACUCGCCACCGUCGUCGUGGUCCUCCGUUGCGCCCUGCUGCUGCCACUGCUCCACCGGCCGAGCUGAUGAUGAUGAUGAUGAUGAUGGAGCGAUGAGAUAUGAGAGAUGCGCGGAUGCGAUGAGAUGCUGUGAAUGUUCUUCUCACGCCGUUGUUUGCAGUGAGUCCGCGGUGCACGCGCUGGUGAGCAGAAGAUAAGCGUGAGAAGAGAAAAAAAACCGGGAAGAAGACGACGUCGCGAGCGAACGUGUGCGAAAGUGAGAAAAUAGUUCCGUAACGUUGCGUGAAACGUCUCACCGGGCUCGGAAAAGUGGUGAGGAGGAAGCGAAGGAUCAAGGGGGAAAUUAUCCCUAAUACGGUCGGUUCCGUCCGCUGAAAAAGAAUUGAUAUUUUCUAAUGGAGGAGUGAGUACGUGAAUGAGCAGUGAGUGCGUGUGACGACGGAUCAGAAUCGCAGCAUCCAUAGAGUUCGUCCUCUCGAACAGCACAGCAGUUCACAAGCAGUUGGAACGUAUCGUGUGCACGUCAAAGACGUCACCAGUAGUAAACAUGUCGGAAACGUAUGUACCGCCGCACGUCAUCUCGGUGCUGAAGACGUACCAGGACACGGCGCCCAAGAGUCUGCACGGGCCGGGUCUGUCCCUCGUGCACCCGAGCAAGGCCGGCUCGAUCGUUGUGCGUUCGGACACACCGGAGCACCAUGUACCGGCCCAUCUACACCUUCACCACAGUACCGGCGGCCAUUACGGUGGCGGUCGGGGAGGUGGUGGCGGUGGUGGUAGCGGUACGUCAGUGGAUGACGAACAACCGCAGCGGCUAACGACCACGAUCGUGCCACCGGUGCCGAUCAUGACCACACCCGAUCCCGACUGUGGCAUCGUGCAGAUGACCAUACUGGAGGGGAAGCGCAUCGGUUGCUUCCUGCUCGGUGGCGAAAUGCGCCUCUGCCUGCCGCAGAUCUUCAAUCACAUCCUGGAGAAGUUCUCCCUCGAGCAGAUCAACGUCAGCAUCCAGGAGCUGAUGAUCUACCUGUACAACUGCACCGACCAGCAGCUGCAGGAGUUCAAGCGCGCCCGCAUCAUCCCGGAAACGGCCAAAACGUGCGGGUUGAUCACGCGCACCAACGCGGAACGGCUCUGCAGUGCGCUGCUGCACAAGCAGUUCGAGCACCGCACGCGGACCGCACUGAAGAUGGGCGGAUCGGGGGGACACUCGGCGUUCCGCGUGUACCAUCGGUGCUUCGGCAAGUGCGAGGGCAUCUUCACGCCGGAGCUGUACGGUGCGGGCGAUGAGCCGGCGUGCAUCGAGUGCUGCAAGUGCAGCGGCAUGUUCACGCCGCAGGAGUUCGUGUGCCAUCAGCACGAACCGCAGGAGAUUCGCACCUGUCACUGGGGGUUCAACUCGAGCAACUGGGCGUUGUACAUCCACGUGGACGAGGGCGAGAAGAACCGGGAGGAGUACGCCAAGCUGCUGGAGAACAUCUGGGCGAAGGAGCGCGACAUGGAGCCGGACCAGGAAUGCGACCAGGAGCUCUAUUACGCGCGACAAAAGGGCGCCCGCGAAGACAACGGUUUGCUAGCGAUCAAAGCCGAACCACAGGACAUUCCACUGAAGAAACCAAAGCUUAUGAGCGACGUACCGUCGUCGCUGUACCACAGCAGCAGCCGGCAAAUGCAGCACCAGCAGCAGCAACAGCAGCUCCGGGAGCACCAGCAUCUGGUUGCGGCACAGCAGCAGUUGCUACACCACCACCACCAUCAACAGAUGCAGCUCGCCCGCGAACAGCAAACGAGUGCUGCGUUCCGUCCGUGGACCGCCCAGCAGAAGCAGUACGCCAAGCAGCAGCAGCAGCAACAGCAGCAGCAACAACAGCAACAGCAGCAACAGCAGCAGCAGCUCAUGCUGCAGCAAAUGAGUUCGUACCACGCGAACGGCGGUUCGACGACCAGCAUUGUCAAUGGCACGAUGCGGGCGACUUCGCCCGGUGGAACCAUUCUGUCGCUCAGCCAGGAACCGCCGCUGCUGCAGAACCCGGAAAACGUCGUCCCGAUGUCGGAGACAGACAAGUUCGAACGAUCGUACCAACCGAACGUGGCGCUGGUACCCCGCAAGACGAUCCUGUGCGGCAAGGACCCCAACACGUCGGCAUCGUCGAUGAUGCGGCACGAGAAAGCGUCCGACCGGUCGGUGAUCAAGUGCGAGUUAGUACAAAUCAAGCAGGAAAGUCCACCGACGCCACCGGCAGCCCACGAUCAAACGGCGUCGGUCGUCCGGUCGGCGGUGAUCAAGUGUGACGUGCAGAUUAAGCAGGAACGACCGGGAACGCCACCCUCGGUGCACCACGAGCACGACGACGGUCGGAGAACGCCCUCGCCCGGUCCACCGGGCCACACGGCGGGCCACAUUCCCGUUUCGCCACCGUCAUCGGCACCAGGUUCGGUCGGGUCUCACCAUCUGCAUCACCUUCACCACCAUCGGCAGGGUGCGAUCGCGUACAGUACGAUCAUGAGCACCAAGCAGCAGAAGCAGCACCAAGGACUGGUCUCCUCGAUGCCGUACGGUGGGAGUAGCGGGGGAAGCAACAGCAACAGUCCGGUAACGCUCCCGCCCGACGCCAUGCAGCAGCACCAUUCGUCCGGCUCGAACGAGAUUACGUCGUCCACGUCUCCGCUGCCACCGCCCCUCGUGGUGGGCAUGAACGGGUGCUCUGUCAACGGGCCCGAAAAGCCCAAACUGGUGCUGAUCAAAGAAACGCUCAGUCCGCCGCUGAUGCGACCGGGAAGCAACACCGCAUCCGCCCGCCAUUCGCCGCACGGUCACGUCCUGCUGCAACAACAACAACAACAACAACAACAAGCUCAGCGGCAGCAGGAGCAUCGAGAGCAUCGUGAGCAGCAGCAGCAGCAGCACGUCGUCGGUGGUCAUCAGCAGCUGUCGCCACCACCGCCGUCACAUCAUCACCACCAUCAGGUCAGCGAACUUCACCAUCAGCCGCUGUACCUGCACCACCACCACCAUCACGUGAUGCACCAUCACCGAUCUCAUCAUUCCGGCGCGACCACGAUGACGACGUCGGUCGGGGGUGGUGGAGGUGGUGGUGGAGGAGGAGGAGGAGGUAGCGGCACGAUCAUCCACAAGAACGGCAUCCCGAUGGUGGGCAACUCCGAGUUCGAGCUGUCCACCGACACGGACGAUGACAGCCAGACGGGCGAGCCGGACAGCAGCAACGCCCCGUCGACGGUCGAGCUGAUCGGCGAGGUGCUGAAGGAGGUGGAGCCGGACACGAAGCAGCGCAUACUGGACAUCUUCCAGGGGCUGCUGCGGGAGAGCCGUUUGGAGCACCAGCGGCUGCUGAUGGAGAUCGGCGCGAAGGAGGACCAGCUGGUGGAGAUCCAGCGACAAAACGAUCACCUGCAGCAACGCGUCCAUCAGUUGCAGCACGAGCUGGACCGGGCGCUACUCAAGAUUGACGCCCUCAACGAGCAGCAUCACCUCCAGCAGCAGCAGCAGCAACAGCAGCUUCAUCCGAUGUUGAUGCGCGGUGGUGGAGGCGCCGGCGGGGAGUCCAGCACAUCGUCCACCCCUCCAUCUCCGCUUUCGCUCGUGAGCAACGGAAGUAACAGCAGCAUGAGCAGCAACCAUCACCAUCAUCAGCCGCAACCAAUGACGCAACAGCUGAUCGAGCGACGGAACAGUUUCCCGGAGCGUUCGGUUGCGAUCACAAAGCCACCGAAAAAGAUGCGCCGCCACAGUCCGGAAGAUUCACCGACGGUGCUAAUGUUGGCCUCGCCACCACCGCCACCGCCGCCGCCCGUUUCGACCCACCACCACGCACACAACCAACCGGCAUCCGUCGUCGGACUGGGCUCGACGCUUCUACCAGCCUGUCUGUCAAUUACGGCCACCACCGUAUCGGUGGCACCGAAGGGGGCGUCCCAGCAUCUGCCGGAUCCGGAAGCGUCCGGUCGGGAAGAGGUCCGGGCGCAGAUUUCCGUUACUCCAGUGCCACUGUCCCCCUCGACGCUACAAUCGCACCACCGGAAGACGCUGUCCUCCUCUUUGGCGCAAUCCCCUCCACCGCCACCACCACCACCACCACCACGACCAUCAAGUGCCACCAAUGUACCUGCGUCACCGACAACGAUAACGGCGACAAACAACAACACCGUCGUCUCUCCGAGAGCAACGACACCAUCGGCGGAAUGUCCUCCGGGAAUCAACCCUUCUGGUGGUGGUGGUAGGGGUGGCGAUGCCAUCAACAAUACGCCAUCGGACAACACCUCGACCCACUCGACCGUUGUCGUGGUCGUACAGGCGGGGGGAGGCAUAAGUUCCUCUCCGGGACCACCAUCACUACCUUCCCGAUCGCGUCCGUCGAGCUUGUCGCCGACGGGAAAUGGUGUCCCGCGGAGUGGCAUCCAUGUUGAUGAUGAUGAUGGUGACGAGAAUGACGACGAGCAUGACAUGAUGGAGGACGAUGAUGAGGACGAUGAUGCAGAGCACCACCACCGGCUGAGGGAAUCGAGAAGGAGGCGCUCGACCGGUGGAUCCUCCGAUGUGGAAUGUGUGGGCCCGACAGGCACCGGUUCCGGGACGGUGUUGUCACCUACCGGCGCUGACAGUCCACCGGGCAAAGCGGCAUCGCUCAACCACAAGCAAACGGACGACGGAGCUGGCGUUGGAGCUGGUAGCAAGACGUCGGCAUCUCCCAGCGCGCUCAGCAACCAGGAGAACGACUCACCAAACCGAGCCAAUGGCACCACCAGCAGCAGUGGCGGCAGCGCCACCACCAGCAGCAGCAGCAGCAGCAGCAGUGCCAGCAGCGGAAGAAGCACUGACAGCAACUGAUAGUUUGUAAUCUGCCUGCGCUGAAAACGCAACCCUUCCGUGCAUCGAUGCAUAGGAAAACCCUUCUUGCCACCAGCAUAAUGCGUACGCGCGCGUGGUAAGAGUAGUGUGUCAUUUUCACCUUAAAAAAAAGAGAGAUAGAAGGAAAUCGUGGUGGACAGCUUAUCUUCCGCCCAAGAGAGAGAGAGAAGCAUUUGUUCGAUUCAUACUGCAAGAGUUUGCUUCGACCACCAUAAGUUCGUCAUAAGCCAAAAUCAAAGUUUGUGUUUAGUAAUUGGUAUUCGUUUCGUUCCCACCUAAAUUAUUUAAGCGUUAAGAGAGGCAGUAAGGAGGAGGAGAGAGUUCCCGGGAACAUGAUUACCACCACAUGGUUACUCCGACGGAAGGUGUACAUUAUUUACUAAAAAAAAAACGAUGCGCGAGUCAUUACAAGAGAAGAACGAGGGCGCGCCAUAUUGAGAGCUAGCUGUGGGAGGCAACACCGCGGCACUAGAUCAAGCUAAAUGCACACAGAUCCAUCUGCACAAAACAAGACACGGUGUGUUUGGCGCCUGGUGCAGCAAGCAACAACGAAUAACACAUAAGUCAUGAGGGAGAGUGGGGACAGUCGUAUAGCGAUUACCAAUGACCGAUUCAAGAAGCGCAAGAAAUUGAAGUGAAAAACGACAGCACCCCCACCCCCUCGCACACAAGCUGCUUGCAUACCGAGGGAGGGAGGGAGAUGCAUGGGCGCAUACAAAGCAUCUUGAGAUUAAGCGACACAUUAGUCUACUUCCCAUUCAACACAAUCGCGGUUUAAUUGCAAUUCGUUGUGUUGUGUUGUAUUUUUUUUCUUUCUUUCGCGAGCGUUCGUUCUCUGGCAUCUAUAUGGUAGUUUUAAUUUUCCUUAACUAACCACUAAGUGGUUUUAAACGCUAGUUCGAAUAUAUAUAUGCAAGCGUCGCGCAUGCUGUGGGUGUGUAUAAUAGAAGUAAGAAGAAAAAACGGCGAGAAAAAGUGGUACGAAAUUGUCAAAUAAAUCGAAUAAGAUUACAAAACACACGAUAUAAGAAACUAGAAACAUCCGGCAAGCGGACGGAUGUGUAAACGUUAGCACACGAUAAGGAUACAAAUGGCAAGAGAUGAUAAAUAUUACUACUACUACUACUACUACUACUAUUACUAUUACUACUACAUCCUCUACUACCGUUGCUAUAACUACUGAACGAAGUGAGUAGCAGAAAAAAAACUUAAGAACGGAAAACAUCUUAAACUUUAGUUUAUAACUGUUUUAAAAAAACAAAAGAGUUUCACGUUCAGCUAUAGAAAAUCGCACAUUGAACAUAAAAUCCAAGCCGAACACGACAGCCAAGAUAGAUACAUGAAAAAAGUUUGCGUAAAAGUAAGUCGAUUAUAGUAACCUAAGCUCGAGUUGGGAUUCGUAGAAUGGCGCGUCCCAAGCAAAACAAACAUACAAACAAACAAACAAACAAACCGUAGUAGUUGAACAAAAAAAUGUUAAAUCAUCCCAUCUUCGUUCACUUCCCUUUUGUAAAUAGUCCUCCGAUAUCCUUCGAUUGCUAAGCAAAAACAAACACAACAGAACAAAGAAUGCACUUAAUACUCCUCAUAGAAGCUACUAAGCGAAAGAGGAAAACAUCCCGGAAUGACAUUUGUAUUACGUGCUUUCCGUUUAGUCUACUCGAUUAGUAUGGCUGAUCGUUCGCUGUUCGAUCUAAUCGAUAACCGAAUAAACAAACCUAUCUAACUGUUCUCGAGAACGGCGUGCUUUUUGU